AUGAAUCGAUUACAUCUUUGGCUCGCGGUACUAGUGGGUGCCCCCUCUCCAGUCGAAAGCUUCUUACCAUCGGUGAUUCUUCCUUGUUUGGGAAGAAAAGAAACAAAUGUCAUGACACCUCUGGAAAUGGCCAAACGAAAAAUGAGCAUGGGAGAAAAGCGAAAACGUAGACAAGCAAAACAACAAACAGAGGUCAAUAGCUUUGAAAAUCUUCCACCUACCAAAAUUGGUUACAUAAGCCAGGCCUCAGCGGAUGAUGGUCAGCCAGAACGUUUUCAAGAUCCAACAGAGGCAGCUGAAAAAGCCAAAGAACUGUUGAAGUCACAACGAGAGUCGGUGGAUAUGCUCACAAUGACGACUGAAAAAGUCAAAGCGCUUCCGAAAGCAGAGCUACUCUCAGUGCUAUCCAACAACGAGUUCUUCGUGGUGGAUAACUUCUUGUCCAGCGAAGAAACUCUAGCUAGUCUAGAGGCCGAAGCACUCUCCAUGUUUGAGAAUGAAGAAAUGGAGAUGGACACAGCCAAUCUGGGAGCAGGCGAAUACAUUACUGCCAUCAAAGGAGGGAAAGACCAAUAUAUCAAAUGCCCCCGGUCGGUAGAGCUAGUGGUUAGCACGACCAGGCAUAUUCCAGAGGUGUUGGAAUCUUUGUCACUCGAUGGAUCUGCGUGCAUGGCAACCUUGCGGUCAUUUGAUCAUAAAACACUGAAAGCCUCCAAAAACCUACUUUUGGGCAAUGAUGAGGAAGAAAUUGAUUUAUCCGCGAAGGACUUUGGAAAGGUCGUAGAUGGUCCUGAAGAUAUGCGACGACUGACACUAUUAUACUACAUUGUUCCGACGACUUGGAGUCAAACUUGUGGUGGUGGGCUUAUUUUUGAGAAUGCAAGUGUCUCCGCCAAAAGAGAUCGGCUAAUAAUAUGGAAAUCCGACUCUAUAUUGUUCAAGAAGGAACCGUGGAAAGGAGAUGGCGAUUCAAAUACAUUCGGAAGCUGGAUCGAGUUGCAUUUGGUUGCAAAGAGCUAG